AUGCGGGUUACUACUGUUCUCUUUUGCCUUGGCGCAACUCUCGCACUUGCUCAACCCGUCAGGCAUUUGGGCGAUACGUUGAUCCCAGCCCGGGACCGAGGAACUGACACCCCUUCGGAGCCUAAUCCGGCCCACCCGCCUGACAACGGAAAACGCUCUAUUAUGACCCGGGACCGGGGAAGCGACACCCCUUCGGAGCCUAAUCCGGCCCACCCGCCUGACAACGGAAAACGCUCUCUUAUGACCCGGGACCGGGGAAGCGACACCCCUUCGGAGCCUAAUCCGGCCCACCCGCCCGAUAACGGGAAACGCUCAGUCUAG